UGACGAUGGAUUUAACCAAGCCUAAAGAGGGAAACCCAUCGUUCCUGCCAAGUGAGUAUGACAAAAACGCCCUGCCGCUUUUUCUCUCUUUUCUUUUCUUCCUAUUUGGUCUUGUCUGACUGUUUAUUUUAUUUUAUCUUAUUUUCUUUCCUUACCGGAUCAUUUAAAUUGAAUUGGAAAAUCCUGAUCGGGAAAGAGAUGACAGGAAUGGAUCCAUUCCACUUUCUGAUUCCCACUUUUUGUAAAGACACACUGGAUGCGUCGGUUAGCCUCGCUGGGGAGAGCGGAUUCACGGUUCCGUCUCCAUCUGACCUGGUGGAAGUCAAAGUAGUAGUAGUCUACUAAGUCUAACAUAGCCAUGGUAGCAGGGCUAGUCCUGAGUGGUUGCUUGCUCUGAUCACCCUACAAACUGAUCAUCAAACUGCAGUGCACUGGCUCUCUCGCUUACCUGCCUUAGGUACAAUUUUUUUCCCU